AUUCUAAUUCAGCAGUCGCAGUGUCCUCGCGGUGUAUCCGCAGCAGCAGCUCCACUCGCAAUGCGCGCCUGCAGCAGCAGCAGCAGCAGCAGCAGUAGCAGCAGCAGUAGUAGCAGCAGCAGCAGCAGCAGUAGCAGCAGCAGCAGUAGCAGCAGCAGCAGCAGUAGCAGCAGCAAAGCAGCAGCGGCAACAAAUCAGCAGCAGAGGUCUAUGUAUGAAUUGAUGUCUGUCUAUCAUUGUGUGGAGAUGCUGCUGCAGCAGCAGCAGCAGAGCAGCAGCAGCAGAGCAAUAGCAGCAGCAGCAACGACAUCCCCAGCAGCAGCAGCAGCAACAGCAGCAGAAGCAGCAGGAGCAACAGCAGCACCUACAUCUCGCCCGUGCUGUAGUUGUUGCAGAGGCGCAGAGCAGCAAUGGGGUCUCCUUGUGCUGCAGCAGCAGCAGCAAGGAAUGCAGCAGAGGGACAGCUGCUGGCUAGCUGCUGCAGCUCCUGCUGCAGCUGCUGCUGCUGCUGCCCUGAUGCACACUGUAGCAGCAGAAACAAGAGAGACAGCAGGAGCAGCAGCGGCAGCAGAGACAGCGAUAUUAGUACACGCUGCUGCAGAAGCAGCAGAAACAGAAGCAGCAGAAACAGAAGCAGCAGCAGCAGCAGAAGCAACAGCAGCAGCAGCUCACAUAUCGAUCGCAGCAGCGGCUACAGCAUCAACAGCAGCAGCAGCAGCAGCAGAUAACGAGGAGACUGCAUCUGCUGCCUCCGAACCGAAUUGGUUGCUGCUAACUCCGCAGCAGCAGCAACAGCAGCAGGAAGCAGCAGCAGCAGCAGCGUUGGGGCCAGAGGAUAUCUUCAUCUCAGCCAAACACUCAACAGGAGACAGCAGCAGCAGCAGCAACAGCAACAGCAGCAGCUGCUGCAAGAGCAGCAGUAGCAGCAGCAGCAACCCUAACAGCCAUCUGGACUCUAAGAGCUGCCAAGAUGCGUUAUCCGCAAGCCUGAGCAGCAGCAGCAGCCUUCCUCCCGAUGCAGCAGCAGCAGAAGCAGCAGCAGCAGCAGCAGAAGCAGAAGCAGAAGCAGCAGAGAUCGAAGCAGGUUUAUCAGAGCUGCAGCGGCGCAUCAGCAGCUGCAAAGAUUUUCAUCAAGACCCUCAAGGGUGCCUUUCUCUAGGGCGCUGCAGACACUUCUGGCUGCAGCAGCAGCAGCAGCAGCAGAAGCAGCAGCAGCAGCAGCAGCAGCAGCAAGGGUUGUGUCUGCUGGAUGAGCUGUAUCUGCAGCAGCUCGCAGACAGCAGCUGCGCACUGGAGCCAAGGUCAACCCUCUUCGCUGUCGCCAGGGACCUCCACGGGUUUGGGGCCUUGGAUAUGUCAGUGCUGCAUAACUUGCGCAGCAGCAGCAGCAGCAGCAAGCAGCAGCUCUGUAGGCUCGUCACCCAUGCUGCUGCUGCUACUGCUGCAUCUGCUGCUGCUGUUGUUUCGGUUUUAGCAGCAGCACCAGAUCCGCAGCAGCAAACGUUAGCCUCCCCGCUGCAGCUGCCACGGCAGAGGCCAGGACAGCAGCAGCAGCAGCUGUUGCUGCACCAGCUGCAGCAGCAACAGCAGCUGCAGCAGCAGCAGCAGCAGCAGCCUUGGAACUCCCUUCGCCCCUGGGAAAAGCUACGAAGAAUUCUCUCUCCUUGA